CGCUUCGGAAGAUGGCGGACGCUUUCGGGGAUGAGCUCUUCAGCGUGUUCGAGGACGACUCGACCGCUGAGGCCGAAGCCAAAAAAGACAAGGAAAAGGGGAAAUGGAAGGGCACACCAGGGCCUGCGGAAAAAUCUGGCAAACGUUUUGAUGCUAAAUUACAGUCAGAGUCGACUCUGAGUGGAAAAAAGAGAGGGCCAGAUUUUGAAAGCACAGAUGAACCCAUUUUUGGAAAGAAGAUCAGAAUAGAAGAGUCAAUUACUGAAGACGUAAGUUUGGCAGAGCUGAUGCCAAGAGUGAAGGUCCAAGCAGUUGAAACUGUUGAAGGGUGUACACAUGAGGUUGCACUUCCUGCAGAUGAAGAUUAUUUACCCCUUAAACCCCGUGUUGGAAAAGCAGCAAAGGAGUACCCGUUCAUACUCGAUGCUUUCCAGAGAGAGGCUAUUCAGUGCGUCGAUAAUAGUCAGUCUGUCUUAGUGUCUGCACAUACAUCAGCUGGAAAAACUGUAUGUGCCGAGUAUGCCAUCGCAUUGGCCUUAAGGGAAAAGCAGCGUGUAAUAUUUACCAGUCCAAUUAAGGCUCUGAGCAACCAGAAAUACCGUGAAAUGUAUGAAGAAUUUCAAGAUGUUGGUCUGAUGACUGGAGAUGUUACUAUUAAUCCGACUGCAUCUUGUCUGGUUAUGACCACAGAGAUUUUGAGAAGUAUGCUGUACAGAGGUUCCGAAGUUAUGCGAGAAGUUGCUUGGGUCAUAUUUGAUGAAAUCCAUUACAUGAGAGACUCAGAGCGUGGUGUGGUAUGGGAAGAAACCAUUAUUUUGCUCCCUGAUAAUGUUCACUAUGUCUUUCUAUCGGCUACUAUACCAAAUGCUCGACAGUUUGCUGAAUGGAUUUGCCACUUACAUAAGCAGCCUUGCCAUGUGAUUUACACAGAUUAUCGGCCUACUCCAUUGCAACAUUACAUCUUUCCAGCAGGAGGAGAUGGCCUCCACCUUGUAGUUGAUGAAAAUGGUGACUUCAGGGAAGAUAAUUUUAAUACUGCAAUGCAAGUGCUUCGAGAUGCAGGUGACUUGGCCAAAGGAGACCAGAAGGGGCGGAAAGGUGGAACAAAAGGGCCAUCAAAUGUGUUCAAGAUUGUGAAGAUGAUUAUGGAAAGAAAUUUUCAGCCUGUAAUUAUUUUCAGUUUUAGUAAGAAAGAUUGUGAAGCUUAUGCACUUCAAAUGACCAAAUUGGAUUUUAACACAGAUGAAGAAAAGAAGAUGGUUGAAGAAGUAUUCAAUAAUGCAAUUGACUGCUUGUCUGAUGAAGAUAAAAAACUCCCUCAGGUUGAACAUGUCCUUCCUCUUUUGAAGCGAGGCAUUGGUAUUCACCAUGGAGGUUUACUUCCUAUUUUAAAAGAAACUAUUGAAAUCCUUUUUUCAGAAGGAUUGAUAAAGGCCUUAUUUGCCACAGAGACUUUUGCUAUGGGAAUUAACAUGCCAGCUAGGACUGUUUUAUUUACAAAUGCUCGAAAAUUUGAUGGGAAAGAUUUCCGAUGGAUUUCCUCUGGUGAAUACAUUCAAAUGUCUGGUCGUGCCGGAAGGAGGGGAAUGGAUGACAGGGGAAUUGUAAUUCUUAUGGUCGAUGAAAAAAUGAGCCCAACAAUUGGAAAACAACUCCUUAAGGGUUCAGCUGAUCCUCUAAAUAGUGCUUUCCAUUUGACCUAUAACAUGGUUUUAAACUUGCUACGUGUAGAAGAAAUUAAUCCUGAGUACAUGUUGGAAAAGUCUUUCUACCAGUUUCAGCACUAUAGAGCAAUCCCAGGAGUAGUAGAGAAGGUAAAGAAGUCAGAAGAACAGUAUAAUAAAAUAGUAAUUCCCAAUGAAGAAAGUGUAGUCAUCUAUUAUAAGAUUAGACAACAACUUGUCAAAUUGGGCAAAGAAAUUGAAGAAUAUAUUCACAAACCAAAAUACUGUUUGCCAUUUCUACAACCAGGUCGUCUGGUAAAGGUAAAGAAUGAAGGUGAUGAUUUUGGCUGGGGAGUAGUGGUGAAUUUCUCAAAAAAGUCAAAUGUUAAGCCUAACUCUGGUGAACUGGAUCCUUUAUAUGUAGUGGAAGUACUUCUGCGCUGUAGCAAAGAGAGCUUGAAGAAUUCUGCUACUGAGGCUGCAAAACCAGCUAAACACAGUGAGAAAGGAGAGAUUCAGGUUGUUCCAGUUUUGAUCCAUCUCCUGUCUGCUAUCAGCAGUGUUAGGCUUUAUAUUCCUAAAGACCUUCGACCAGUGGACAAUAGGCAGAGUGUUUUAAAAUCAAUACAGGAAGUGCAAAAGCGCUUUCCAGAUGGUGUCCCUUUAUUGGACCCCAUUGACGAUAUGGGUAUCCAAGACCAUGGACUGAAAAAAGUCAUCCAGAAAGUGGAGGCUUUUGAGCAUCGAAUGUAUUCUCAUCCACUUCACAAUGAUCCAAAUUUGGAAACUGUGUAUACGCUUUGUGAAAAAAAAGCACAGAUUGCCUUAGAUAUUAAAUCUGCAAAGCGAGAACUGAAGAAAGCAAGGACCGUCCUACAGGUGGAUGAGCUCAAGUGUCGCAAACGUGUUUUAAGAAGGCUGGGGUUUGCUACCUCUUCUGAUGUCAUAGAGAUGAAAGGGCGAGUGGCGUGUGAGAUCAGCAGUGCGGACGAGCUGCUGCUAACCGAGAUGAUGUUUAAUGGCCUUUUCAAUGACCUCACUGCAGAACAGGCAACAGCAUUACUGAGCUGCUUCGUUUUUCAAGAAAAUUCUAGUGAGAUGCCCAAAUUAACAGAGCAGUUAGCAGGACCACUUCGUCAAAUGCAGGAAUGUGCAAAAAGAAUUGCGAAAGUUUCAGCAGAAGCCAAAUUGGAAAUUGAUGAGGAAACUUACCUAAGUUCAUUCAAGCCUCACCUAAUGGAUGUAGUACAUACCUGGGCUACUGGAGCUACAUUUGCCCACAUUUGCAAAAUGACAGAUGUCUUUGAAGGUAGCAUAAUUCGUUGUAUGAGACGCUUGGAAGAAUUGCUUCGGCAGAUGUGUCAAGCAGCAAAAGCCAUAGGAAACACUGAACUGGAGAAUAAAUUUGCAGAAGGAAUCACCAAAAUCAAGAGAGAUAUUGUGUUUGCUGCCAGCCUCUACUUAUAGAGUCAGCUCAAGUUCGGGGAAUAUGACUUUCAACUGCUCACCACUGUCUGAUUAGCGACUGCAAAUUGUACCAGUAUGGAUGUGCUUUCGCCCAAGUCCUCAACAUUUUAAUCUGUAUCACAUUUCCAUCAAGCAUCAUGCGUACAAAACAUCAAUCUGUACACAGCAUUGCAUUUUUAAUUAAAAAAAAAACGUACAGGGGGUGAGGGGUAUUGUUUUGGUGAAUGCUUAACAUUUUCUUUUAAAAACGAACUCUGAGCAGUUGUGUUAAAUGUGACCCUUAUACACAGGUAAAGUGGGCAUCCAAGAGGUAUUAGCAGCAGCAGUCCGUAAAGGCCUGUGCACCAGGAGGCGAGGUGUGCGACAGCCUCGUGUGGUGCACAGGCCAGCUUCAGCCACCCUCUAGGGCUGGUGGUUAUUCCCAUAGUGAUUCUCCGCUGAGGCCGUCUCGUGAAGAACCGUGUGCGAGUCCUCCUCUUUGCUUUCUUUAAGAGAGUUUUUCUCCUUGAAGAAAUCCGACACAUACACAACCUGUAUAAGACAGAUGUUACGUUCAAAGAUCAUACAGGCGAUAUGUUGGGGGGAGUGCAAAUUAAGAGGAUAAAUACAGUUUCAGAGGUAGUUUUGUUAAGACAGAUGCUUCAGAAUUGAGUAUGAAAACUCCUUUCUCCCAAUUCUCACUUAAAAGAAAUGGCUAAAGUAGUUUUACAGUCAGAAUCUUUCACGGUAAAAAUACAAUAAACUUUAUUGCAUUUU